AUGGCCCGGGCCGAGCGGCUGCGGAACAAGCUCGUGGAGCGCUGCGAGCGGAUCCAGCUGCAGAGCGCGGCCAUCGCCCGGCACGUGGAGGAGGUGCUGCCUGCCAAAGACCAGGGCGUCCAGAGCGCAGCCAGCGCGGCGCGGGAGCUGGUGGUCCAGAGGCUGCUCCUCGUGGGGAAGGCCUGUGAGAACGAGGAGCAGCGGCUGCUGGAGAGGGUGCACGCCGAGGAGGAGCGGGCACACCAGAGCAUCCUCACCCAGCAGGUGCACUGGACAGAGGCGCUGCACAAGCUGGGUGCCCUCCGCACCUACCUGGUGGACAUGAUCACCAACCUGGAUGACCAGGGCCUGCUGCAUGCAGAACAAGAGAUCUUCGAGAGGACGGAGGUGGCGGAGGGAAUCUUGGAGCCACAGGAGUCCCUGAAGUUAAACUUUAAUCAGACCUGUGUUCAGAGUCCACUGCUGCACCGACUGUGGGCCUGUGCUGUGCUCUGCUGCCUCACAGGCUCACAGGAGAUUCACAUCGAUGAGAAAACCCUGAGCCCCCACCUCAGCCUGUCAGAAGACAAGAGAACCCUGACCUUCAGCCCCAAGAAAGCAAAGGUGGACUCGGGCUGCCCCGAGCGGUUUGACCACUGGCCCAAUGCUUUGGCCACUGCGCCUUUCCACUCGGGGGUGUGUGCCUGGAAGGUCAGCGUGGAGCAGAGCUGUGCCUACAAGCUGGGGGUUUGCUACAGCUCCGUGCCCAGGAAGGGCUCUGCCAACGAAGGCCGCCUGGGCUUCAAUGCUGCCUCCUGGGUGUUCUCACGCUACGACAAAGAAUUCCGGUUCCUGCAUGCGGGGCAGCCCCAGCCCGUGGAGCUGAUCAAGGCCCCGGCAGAGAUCGGGGUCCUGCUGGACUUUGCAGGGGGGGAGCUGCUCUUCUACGACCCCGACUCCUGCGCCAUCCUCUUCUCCCACCGCCAGGCCUUCCUGGAGCCCGUGUACCCUGUCUUUGCCGUGGCACACCAGAGCAUCUCGCUCGGCCGCGUGUGA